AAAAAAACUAGACUUCUACGGAGUAAUUUCCACCAUAAAAUAAAAUAAGAACUCUCAUUCCCACCUUCGCUGACUUUCAUACUCCCUUCCCUGAGCUGUUCAUCUAACACACUUUCUCUCUCCUCUCUCUUUCUCUAACAAUGGCGAUUAGGGUUUUCUUCAUCGCUUUACUCCUCCUUGCAUCACCAUUUCUCCAAGUUGCCAUGUGCCAAUCGGAGUCUUCGGACGAUACCAUUGGUGAUUCCGUCGCCGAGGAAAUGAGUAAUCUCGGAAUUGUUAACGAUGACACCCAAGUUUAUGGUGAUGAGAGUUUAAGUUCUUCUCCCGGGGUUGAAACAGCUUGUGUUUUCCCCAAUAAUAUUGGGAAAGUUGUGACAGCUGGGGAAGAAUCGGAAGUUCUUGUUGGGAUCAAAUAUAAUGGGGAGGCAAAUAUCAAUGUUGUUGCAAUCCAGGCUAGUGUUCAUCUCCCAUAUGAUCAUCGCUUGUUGGUUCAGAACCUUACUGCCCAGGUAUUCAACAAUGCCUCAGUUCCUUCAUCAGCUCAAGCCACUUUCCCCUAUGUAUUUGCUGUCAGCAAAUACUUGCAGCCUGGAUCUUUUGAUCUCGUGGGAUCUAUUGUCUACGAGAUUGACAACACUGCAUAUCAAAGCACUUUCUACAACGGCACCAUUGAAGUUACUGAGGCCAGUGGCCCCUUGACCAUUGAGACUGUUUUCUUGGUUACGCUUGCUUUUGCCCUUGUUGCUGCUCUUGGUUUGUGGAUACGUGGUCAACUACAACGCUUUUCAAAGAAGUCUAAGAAGGCACCUAAGGUGGAAGUUGGAACUCGUUCUACUGACGCCUCAUUGGAUGAAUGGCUCCAGGGUACCGCAUACACCCAGUCACAGGCCAACAAAUUAAAGAAGAAGAAAUAGAUUGGGCAAUCGAGAGCACGAGCAAGAGUACAAAGAACUGUUGUCUAUUUUAGGCUCAUGUAACUCACGGCAUUUGAUUUUGUUAGAGCGGAAGAGACUACUUUUCUAGUGUAGAAUGUGCAAAGGAAUUUUGUUGGGAGUUCAAGUCUAUAAUUAUACUUGCUUUAGCUCUCCCAUCAGUACUUGCCAUACAAAUCUUACAUUUCGAAACAGGACUUUUUUUUUGUAAGCAUGUAGAUCUUGACAAAUUAGUUGAAAAUCGCUCACUUCUCGCAUAAAA